AUGGGAGAGCGUAAUGUAAGUGAUAAAAAGAAGAAUAGUUGCCCCAAUGUUUCAUCAAACAAUAAUAAAGAAAAUAAUAAAAAACAGAAUAUGAUCGAAUUAAAUAAACAAGAUGGCGGAAAAAAUGGCAUUAAAGGAAAAAGUGAAUUAAAAAAUAAAAAUAUUGAAGGUGAAAGGAUCGAAGACUUAAAAAAAAACAUAAUCAUCGAUGAUAAACUUAAUAAUAAUGAAAAGGACGCUAACGACGAAACUAAUGGGGAUACAACAAAUGUAAAUGGUAACAACAAUAAUACCAAACUCGAACAAAAGAAUGAUCAGAAAAAUGAAUGUAAAAGGCGGAAAGAAAAUAAAUAUAUUAAAUAUAUAAAAGAAAUAAAAAGUGAAAAAAUAUAUGGAAAUGGCAAGUUAAAAGGGCAAAUUGCAACACAACAUGGAAGUAAACAUAAGUUAUUGAAUAAUAAUGAAGAUAAUGGUGAAGAACCAGAAUCUAAACUUAAAACAUUUCGUACAAGAUCCUAUUGGUCUUUAGUAUUAUCUUUUUUUUCUAUUUUUAUAUUAGCAUUGGGACAUUUAUAUAUAUCACUUCUUGUUUUAAUAGCAAUCACUUUAGUAUACAAAGAAAUAAUAUAUUCAAAAAGUAUAGAAAACAAAGAUAAAAAAUUACCCCAAUUAUUUUUCAUAAGAUGGUAUUGGUUUUUUUUAACAAUAUUAACAUUCGGAAUACCCUGGAUAAUACCAAAAUUAAAACAUCAGUUUCCAUUAUAUAAAUAUUUAUUAAAAUAUCAUCCAAUCAAUAUGUUUAUAUUAGCCUUUAUUGGCUUUGUUUGGUUUGUUUUAUCUUUAAGGAAAUUUUCAUUAAAAUAUCAAUUUUCACAAAUAGGCAUGAUAUUUGUAACAUCCUUAUUUGUAGUUGCACAAUCACUAAUGCACAUUGCAAAUAUUUAUUCAGGAUUAAUUUGGUUUUUCAUACCUGUUACCUCAGUUAUUAUAAAUGAUUCAUUUGCUUAUCUAUUUGGUAUAUUAUUUGGAAAAACAAGAUUAAUAAGACUUUCACCUAAGAAAACUGUUGAAGGUUUUGUAGGAUCAUCUGUUAUAACAAUUUUAUGGGGGGUGGGCAUGACAUAUUUGUUACAAAAUUAUAAAUUUUUUAUUUGUUCUCAAAAUUUAAUUUCUUUUAUACCAUUUUAUUCUUUAAUUAAAUCUGAUUGUAAUUCAAAUUCAAUUUUUGAGAAAAAAAUUUAUUAUUUAUCAGAUGAAUUAACCGCAUAUUUACCCCUUAGUAAAAUCUAUUAUACCGAAAUGGUUAUACAUGGGUUAAUAUUAAGUUUAUUUGCGGCAUUUCUAGCACCAUUUGGUGGAUUUUUUGCAUCUGGUUUUAAACGAGCAUUAAAAAUUAAAGAUUUUGGAGAUGUCAUUCCAGGACAUGGAGGUUUUACAGACAGGGUUGAUUGCCAAGUUUUUAUGGGCAUGUUUACGUAUAUAUAUAUGAAAACAUUUGUUAAAGUGAAAGAUAAAUUCCAUUAUUCAUAUGAUAAACUUAUUGAUUCAAUACAAAAACUUGAUCACAGAGACAUUAUGCAUCUUUAUAAUCAUUUAAAAAAUAUGAUUGAUAGUAAAACAAAUAAUAAAACUGACAAAAACAAUUAUCUACCAGAAAGUUCUAUUAUAUGGAAAAAAAUACAAUCUCGUGAUAAUAAAGAGUGA